AUGGCUGAUUCAGCUUCAAACAAUUCCAGUGAUUCUACUUGCUCUUCAUGUGCAAAAAUGAAAGAGGUUUGUUGGGUCUUUUUCUCAAAAUAAUUGUUCCAGACCCUUAAAAACGUCCAAACUACGUCUUGUUUCUUGUUUAGUUUACAAAUAUGAGGUUCUCACUUAAAGGACACAAGUUGUGUUUUUUACGGUUUUCCGGUUGAUUCUGACAAUGCUAAGAACGGUCCACGAAGGUUGACGUUGUUUUAUUACGCUUUCAUUGAUUAUGAAUGUUCGGUUUUCAUGUACAUGUGCUUUGCUGCAAGAAGAGAGCUGAGUACACUGACAAGCUUCAUUAUUAUGCAUGUUCCUUUUAUCCUGUUAAAUCACAGUGUUCUCAAUCAGUCAUGUACAAAUAACCACAAUCUCCAUAAUCUCUCUUUGUCGCAAUGUUAAUAUGAGUAAUGUUAAGACUUAGUGGGACAACCACUCCGGAAAAAAGUGUAUGUUCUAGCUAUACAUACACGUGCACUUCUCAUGUACAAGUGGUUUGAGCUUCUAAGAAGAACUAAAUAAAUUUCAUAAUUAGUACCUUUUGGUCAAUUUUUUUGGGCAGUUAGGGCACUAAUGAUCAUGGCUACCUGUGGUUUCUUUCAGGUACUUGAGGCCACUAAGAAAGAACAUGCACUGACACUAAGAAUGAUCAAAGAAAAGAUUAUUUCAACGGAGUAAGUUAAAUUUUACCUGUUAUUAAAAAGAUUAACCCAGGUGUCUGUGUUGACAAGACAGUGAGAUUAACCACUAAAUCAAAGAUUUUUUGAUUUGUGUAUAUUUCUCUCCCUUUAUGAAAACACAUUUCAGUGUACUGUUUUGCAAUGUGAGAACUUUAGUCCACAGGUAGUUAGCUUUAUUUUGUAUUUUUCUGUUGUCUUUGUCCAUAUUUGUUUAUUUUAUGCCCCUGACCUAAAGACGAUUUUAACUCUAACUAAAUUACAUGUACUGUAGGCAGCCCUUAAAUUUUUGUUGCUUUUUUUUUCUCUUGGUACAAUAUUUUGAACUCUACUCCAUUUUGAAUCAGAGUUUAAGGUAUUUGCUUAAGUCACUUAUUUUCUUAAGUUGUUUAAGUCUGAGCAGCUCCUCUUUAGAGGUAACAGCCUUGAGGUUAGUUUUCACUGGAGACAGAGUCAUAUUCGGAGUCAGUGGAGGACUUUCAACCUACUGUUAAUCACAAAUCAGGUUGUAAGCAGAGUCAAAAUAUAGACAAAAUCAGAGUCAGAAGAAAGGAAACAAUUUCAGUUUUUUCCAAAAUUAACUAGUUUGUCGUUAUUUUUGCUAUUAUAGUGAGCUUAUCAAGAAGUAUCAAGAGAAAUGCUUGGGUAUCCUUUCAAUGUUUUCUUGAAGAUAAAUACAAUGUAUUUAAUUUUGUUUGUUUACUUGUUUAUUGCAAAACUUUGAAAUUGAUAAGUGUCCAUAUCAUUCCCUCUCUUUGCCAAUCAAUCAUAACCAUUACAAUUUCCUCAAAUGUGAUUGGUGCAUUACCUGCUUUAUUUUUCACUAAUCAUUCUGUGCAGUUGUUAUCGAACAGUGUAAUCCAACAGUUGGCUGUAAUGGGAUACCUGUUACUGGACAGUUGAAGCAGCCAAUCAUAAUCAGUCCUUUCAGCCAAAUCCACUGACCACAGAAUUGAUCACAAUAACCAUAGCAACAACCACUUAUACUAAGAAAACAGUGGAAUUUCCAUAAUUGAGGAAUUUUUUACCAAGACAUUGUUUCUACAAGAGAUAUAUGUCCUAAAUGUUUUCUUCUGUUUUGAGAAAUUGCAACGGAUAUGAUUUAUUGGUAACAGGACUUUGUGUUGUCCAAUUCUGUCUGUAAUCAUACUUGUGAUUGACAAAUCACACUUCUGCUUUGCAGUCGACUGAUUUUGUUAAUUGCUUGUAUGAUUAUGGACUGAAUUGGAUUUCACUUGGUCCUUUUACCAGAAUUAAUUUAAAUGUACAAAUUAUUGGACCAGGUAUUACACAAUGUUGGGUAAAUGGAGUAUCCAGACCCUCCCCAACCAGACAACAGGGAUGUUGUGCUACUUCUCAGAUGCCAAAAUUUUUUAAACUAUAGAAUAGCAUUUAAUAUACUGUGGCCUUCAAAAUUCUCUUGUCUUGAAGUAUUUCUUAGCUUAUUUUGGUUGUAGUUGAAAAAAAAAUGUGUUUUCAGAAGCAGGAGUUUUAAACCCCCAAAUUAUCAAAAAUUUCUGGAUCAGUUCCAACUAACAUUUCGUGUUUGGUGCUCAGAGCACCUUUAAAUGGUACUCAAUGAGUUAGAAUUCUUAAGUGUAAUUAUUUUCCCCUUCAGAAUAUGGAAAACUUAGGAAUGUGCAGCAAAACCAUGACUACAUGUAAAACUCUGAAAGAUUCUGUAUGGUAUAAGUUCUGUGUAGUGUAUUGAGUACUUGGUAGUGAAGACCUUUUGGAUUGCAUAUACUUGUCUCUAGAAAUAUUUACUUACAAGUUAAUGAAGUUCUCUUUUGAUGUGAGUCCUUGACCAGUUGUAGAAUCUGAUAAACAUCUUCAACAAGCCACUGACUUCACACUGAAACUGGAAGCAGCUCAGAUGUAAGACAAUUUGAAAUGAUACAAUCAUGCAAUUGCCAUUGUAUAUAAGAUUGUCUGAAAUUAGGUUUUAAAAGCCAUAACUACUUUAGUCUAAAUUAAAUGCUGAUGAUGGGUUUGUUUUUACAGUAAAAUGAUUUGAUAUGGGAAUUGAGUUUAAGAAAAAUUGUUUGAUGCAAGGGUAGUGCAGAACAUCAUAAGGUGUACAUGUACACUUUUAAGACUCAUCACCUUUGGUAUUAUUUUUAAAAUAUGUCAUUUUUAUAUUUAGAAAUUUAUUAAUAGUUAUUAGUAUUGUAAGCCCUUGUUGGAAGAUAAGAAAUUAUUUGAUUGUGUUGUAUGACAUAAAUGUUCUGUAUGCCAAAAAGGAAUAUUUGCUUAAGUUUAAGCAUUUUUAAAGUUGCUGGAAAGUAAAUGUUCAGCCAUCUUUAGUCUUUAAAUUCUAACUAUAUCUGGAAUUGUAGUAUUUAUUGUAAUUUUGUGCUAUGACUACAGGAAAAUUGAAACUUUGCAAGGCCAGCUGGACAGGGCACUACAUUCCAGUGAACCUCUGAGGAAGGUACCUAUCUUGUUGAAGUUGAUGUUGUUGGUGGUGGCUCUCUUUACUGUUUUUCAACAGUGUGGCAAAUAUGGGGCUUAUGAUAACUAAUUUAAGAGUGUGCUGAAUGAUCUGACUUGAAUGUCAAUUGAACUCUCAAUCCUAUGCCCUAGGGGUCAAAUUUGAAGAAGGGGUUACAAGGAUUUCUGAAAUGUUUGAAGUAUGACUCAGACUUGGUAAAAGUAGAUGACUGUGAAAAGUUCAUGAAGGGCCAAAAGGUUAUUAUUUUGACCAGAGUAAUCAGUGGCAUGUUAUCAAGUAGCCAGCAGAACUCUGGCUGUCACUGGCCUGUUUUGAAAUUCCUGUGGUCGGAGUUGGUUGAUUUGAUAUUGUAACACCAUCCCUGCCUGCCAUUUUGGUUGCGUUACGCAUAACGUGAUGUUACUGAUUACAUAUACAGAACCUUUUUUUUUUUUGAGCUCCACAAGUAGCAGAAUGUUUAUAGAAUCCUACCAAGUGUAUGGCUUUGCUUGGAGCCAGAGUUUUUUGUUCAGAACCCCAUGUUACCUUACAGUCCUUGAUGGUCUUGUGUGGUCCUAGGUUUAGGUCAGACUGAUUUUCAAAUCUUUAGUAUAAUUUUGAUGCAGAUCUUAUACCUUACAAGUUGGAUUAUAUUUAGAAGUAUGGUUUUUUCAACAUCAGUUACCUCGCACCCCUUUCCACCCUGAAUGGUAGUUGCUACGGAUAUGCUCAUGUAGACAUUCAUUUGUUUACUUCUUGUCAAUCUGUUUUAAAUCUUCUUGAACAAAUAUGAUAAAAAGAUUGGUAAUAAUUUGUAGGAUUCACAUAAUUUUUUCAAAAUCACCCAGCAGACCCUUUCUGAAAUCAUGGAUUACCUCAAAAAAAUUCAAGCCAUUCUUCCCCCUUCUACUUUUCAUUUUAUCAUAAAUCAUCAUUUACCUAACUUAAAAAUAUUUUACCUUGUUUCAAUUUAAGUUGGAAGUGCUCUUGUUUAUUUCAGAAUGUAGCACGACUGCACAGGGAAAAGUCCUUAGCUGAUUCAACCAUUGCAGAAUUACAAGAAAAGCUACAGACAUUUGAGGUACUCCACCAAUGGGAUGAUAUAAGUACAUUCUUUUCAAUGGUUUAACUCGUAAUAUGCACAGUUAUUUUGCAAUUUGCAUAGUAUUUUUCCAAGCCCUGAAGGGUAAAGGAAAAAUAAAAACAAUGAGAAAAAUGUCCAUGCUUAUUUUAUGUUAAACCAUGGAAUAAGGGACUUAUAAUUCCACUAUUAUUGUGUUCGACGAAGGAAGAACACUUCCUAAUCUCCUGGGCUACCUGUGAUAGCGUAGGGGUCCUGAGCACGCAAGCGAAAGCUGACCCGUGUUUUUUCGUUCGAUCGGCCGGCCGUUCAUCUUUUCAGCGCCAUUUUGAAUGACGUCACAAUUUCGUUGCGCAAAGGAUGAAAAACAAUAUUUCCCCUUUGAAAUGCUGAAUGCACUUCCCUAAUCUCCAAUUUCUACUAGUUUCACUCUAAAGUAUUUUGAUUUUAGUUUGCAAAAUACAUCCUACAGUCUUAUCUGGACCCUUUGCAGAUCUGCAUGAUAUUGAUUGCAUAGGAAGUAUGUGAAAGACAAAAACAACAUGAGCAAAACCACUGAGGUGAUUCUUUGUGACCACCAAAAAACCUGUCAUACUAAAAAGUUUGUUUCUUUAAUAGUCAACCCUAAAAAACUGAAAAGAAAAUUAAAGUUGGAUCUUUUAGUGCAGCCAUUUUGCUGUUCUGUAUUUUUGCUCUUUCUAUGCUGUAAUACUGUGGCAUAUUCUGUAUGUUCUCAUGAUAAUAUAAUGCAGUAAAAUUGUAUAGUAAUGGAAUAGGACACACUGUGUAUGAUAGGAAAUAAACUUUGAUACAUUUAUCUCCUUUCUUUUAGUUGUUACUCCAUAUUGACAUUUUUAUUGAGAGUAACAGAAUUGUGCUCUUGCUCAGGAUUACCAGAAAUCUUAUUUCAUGGAGUUGUUUGUUUUUUGAUGAUGAACAACCACUCUGUUAACAAAAUACACACCGAAUCAGUCCUGGUCUUGUUAAUUUUUGCUGAUCUUAUUAUCAAUUGCAGAAAACAAACUCAGAGCUACUGAGUGUUACAAAACUCAAAGAAGAACAGGAAUGCCAGUGGAGGUUGGAGAAACAAGUUCAGGCUCAUGAGAUGCAAAAACAAAAAAAGAGGUAUCUGAUAAACAUACAUAUAAUUAGGAGCCCAGUCAAGUGGUUAAGUCAUUCACGAUUGGUCACGGAUCAAAACAGACCAAUCACAAUGGACCUAUGCCACUUGAGUCUUACAGCCAAUAACAUGAUGGCAAAACUGACCAGUAAGGUUACACAAACCAGACUUAAUACAUUCAAAUGACCACAACCAUUCACUUGACUCUGAUGAUGACUUCUGCACAGGUUGUCGUGACAUCAGUCACCACUAGCAACAACAGUCCUUCUCAGCACUACACUAUCACAUUUCCUUUAUUCUGGUAACCUUAAUGUUUGAUUCAAGAGUAAUAUUGUAAGGAGAAAUAAGAUCCUUGUCACCGUUAACCCUUUAACUCUUGCAAGUGAUCAAGACAGAAUUUCUCCUUACAAUAUCAAUACAAUAUCAACCAGAUAAGUGAUGAGAAUAAAGAAAUAUAUCAAUUUCAGGAUAGUUAGUUGAUCCAAUGCUAAAUUGUCUGAACUAACAUUAUGAGAAUUAUAUAUUUGACUGUGAGGAGAAUUACAAAUUUGAUCUGGGAGGUAAAGGGUUAAGAGCCAAAUGGUUAAAGGGCACACAGAAUGCCAGCUACACAAGGGAUGUGACAUUUAUCAUCUCCUUUCGUUGCUGAAUCCUAGUGAAGAUGAAUCAAAGCUCUUGGCACCUUGAAAGGUGAAAAUAUUGUGAAAUUGGUAUUACAUGUAUGUUGCAGCAGUGGAAUACACUGUAAGUCCAAAAAAAGUGACAGGAGAUCUUUACUUCUAUUAAAAAAAUAAUGGCAAAAUUGAACCCCCCUUGUGAAAUUAAAGUGAUCCUUUCCUGAGGUAGGAGCUAAUUUCUUGUGAUUUUACUUCUCAUGAAGGUGUAUUUUUCAGCUUGCAGAAAAGUGAAGCUGCUAUUGCAAAGCUACAGGAACAGAUCAAAAAAGAGAAAGGUGACUAAAUUAUUUCUCAGACUUUUGUGCAUUUUUGUUUGCUGUUCAUAUGUCUAAGGUGAUCAUGUCUCGUGCUGUUUAGAGCAAAACAAGGAGAUGUCCAGUUUGCUGAAUAAGGCGAAUAGAAAAGCAGCAAAGUUGGAGCAACAGCUUGAGAAAUCCAAGGUAAAAGAAACGAAACAUUUCUUUGCUAUUCCUCAUUAUUUGUUCUCUGAAGAAUAGGCCAUUUGUGAUAUAUUAAAAUUCAAACUUAGCUCCAAGGCUUGGGGGAAUAAAACAAAGGAAAUGACAUCAAGGUUGAGGGAUGAAUAAUAAAUUUCUUCAGUUUUAUCAUCCCUAGCCUCAGAGCCAUGUUAGAAUUUUGAUAUAUCAAAAACGGCCUAUUGUGCAGGAGCCAACUGGUGAACAUUGCUGAUUCUGGUUUCUGUUGCAUGACACCAGCAGAGGUGUAGCAACUCUCCUUGGAUGAGUUGUGGUGUUGGUUGUGUUACUUAACCCUGCCUCUACCAAAUAUUUCAUUUAUGCAAAACAGUGAGAUAAUUAAUUUUAUUUUGCUUUUAACGUAAUGAGCAGGGUAAACCAUUGCCAGUGGCUCAGUACCAUUUGCCAGUGCAGAAAAUGCACUUUUUGUAAUUCCAGAACUGGAUCCUGUAGCUGUCAUAUGGCGUAGCCAUGCAACCACACCUUUUUGGCACCAAACUCCUGAGGGUUCUGGUAUUAACAUUCUGCUGGUUAAAUUUAUGUCUGUGCUGCUGAACAAAAACUUGUCUUAGAUUUUGGAGUACAAAAUUUUCAUUAGCGAGCUGUCCAAACUUUCAUAGGCUUGGUGUCAUGCUGUGUGAUGGAAACACCUCAAUGCAUAAAUUUUCAACUUCUAGAAAGUGCGUCUGGUUCUUUGCAAGCGUAGCUCAAUGGAGUAAUGGUAGAGUAGAUGAAUUUCACAGCGUAUUUUAAACUUAUUUCAUGUAACUUUUUUCAUGUUUUUAUCCUCUUAAACAGGAUGAAAUCCAAAGUUUCAAGCUGGAAGCCCGACUUGGUUAGUUCAGCUUUGUUUGUACAUGUAUCGCGGUCUAAUUUUUGUGUUUCAUUUUAUUACAUUCAUAUGAACAGAAAGGAGAAAGUAUUGAACUUGGUGUUUCAUGAAAAUAACCUUUAUUACAAGAUAUUUAUAUAAAUAAAGAUUCAGGGCUUAAUAAUUGGGUAACUUAAAGUUUAUUCUCCCAAAUCUUCCAGCCCUCUCAUUCACAUUUCGUGAUGUUUCAUAACUUAGCUCUGAGAAUUUGUUCUUAAAACAGACAAAAUCCUUUUGUUGAUGUUUUCAUUCUUCUUGCCAUAAUUUUUUUUUAAUUAAAACUGUAUUAAUGUGGUAAGGAAAACUGACUUAUAUGCCUCUCUUUGAAUUGUUCAUGUAUUGAAAUUUUAUGGGCGCACUAACUCAAGUAUUUCGUUAAACGAUAUUUAUUUUCUCUCCUUACGUAGCUUCACAACGACUUCUGUGAUUGGAUUUGACUGACUGUCUGUAAAUUUAGUCGCAUUCUCUUUGAAAGUAAACUAGUUUUAGUUUCCAUGCUUUUGGUAAAUUGCGUCGCUUCUUUGAAAUAAUAUUCUUUCCAUCCUCGGUUUUCAUUGGUUUUUGCUGGUUAUUUAGCCCACCAGACCCUCUCUCAAUAUUCUCCUAUUUCUGUAUCAAGUAAGAUUAUUUUUACGCACAAACACUUGUACACCUCACAUUGGAUUCAGAUCUCUCUCUUUAUUUAAUUCCUAUAGCAAGAACUUAUGGGAAAGACAGGACAGAAAAGACACCAAAAUCGAGGUAAGAUUGGAUUUUGAUCACACGACAGUCGUCGAUUUUAAGUUGCAUGUACUAAUGAACCAUAACAAUAUUUCAAUUUGCGACAGGCCGUAAAGUUUCGGUUGUUGUGGUACUGGGCAAUUUAGUUGAUGGUAGUAUUUGGGUGUCGAUGACGUUCGUCUUCUUGAGCGCUGGUAGUUAACCGUUGAGUUUGCGUUCAAGCGUAGAAGUCGGCGCGCUUCCUCACACUUUCCCCGCACUUUUCUCGCAAUUACCCCGCAGUUUUAAUGCACUUUUAUUGCACUUUCUCCGCUAUUUUACUGCACUUUACCGAAGUUUUACCGCAUUUUAAACUCACUCCAAAAUAAAGCAGUACCGAAUGGUGCCGUUCUCGGUCUACAGUUCUUCGAAUUUUUUAAUAUGUAUUUUGUAAAAUCGUGAGCCCACGUUACCUUGCUAAGAUUUCUUUUUCCGUGCAGGCAAAGAAAGAAAUCUUGGCAGCCGCCUUCGUCGCCUGAGGGACAUAAACAGCCCUCAUCUUCGGGCUCCCAUUCAGAAGAACACCUGGAACAUAUAAUUGAAGAGCUAAAUGCGUUGAAGGAUAUGGCCCCAGCUCUCAGUCCCCUUCCGCCAAGUCCUGGCCCAGCAAAAGAGAGUUGCAGUGAAAGUAGCAACGAUGCUGGCAGCGAAGAUGGCGACAGCGAUUAUAGUUUAGGUGAUUUAGCGGAUAUUUUAACUGGUGAUCAGGGUGACGCGGAAAAUCCUGUAGGAAAAUCUUUGGCAACUAGAGACAGUAGUCAAGACUUCGACGAGGAUUUGGAAAACAGUUUCAAAGAGGCAGCGAAGGGUGAAAAUGAUAAUGAUAUUCAAGGCAACAAGGAUGAACCUUUGAUGAAUGAAGCCCCGAAUGAGUUUACUGCUCCUGUGCUUGAAGAAUCCGAAAACUUCUCUGAAACGAACUGCAAUGUCGACUAUGCAGGAGAUGAAACAUCAAAACGGGAAACAUUUCAUCAAGCGCAUCAUACCGGAACUCAAAUGAGCGAAUAUGCACUAGAGAAAGAUACGGAACCCAUUGAGACUGCGCAAGUAUUUAACGCAGCGAUAAACAAAGCGGAAUCGCCUGGUGUUCGGCAAAAGGGCAAGCGCCGAAUGACAUCACCGAAUCCCCAGGUCAUGACUCGAUCCAGGGCUAAAGCGAUGAAGCUAAGUUCCUCGUCUGAUGGUGACAGUUCAUCAGAGAAAGAAACUGGAAAAGAGUCAAAUAUAAGAUUAGGAAAUUCUUCUAAGAUAACAAACACUUGCUCAAAACGUAAUCCUGAUGCAAUAGAAAAGAGAAAAUCAAAGGGUACUCAAAACAGAGAUGAGAGAGAAGCUCCUUUCGUUUCCUUUACGGAAGCUCCCAGAAACCAGCGCGAAAUUCGGGAUCAAGGAAAUUGCUCGAACUCACUGUCUGAAGCUAUCAAUGGCGAUGCUGGUGACGUCACGCCUCACCAUGACUACGCCAACGAGCGCGAAUGCCUAGGAGCCUCGCUUUCAGGGUCAAAGGAACAAUUAGACGAUGAUAGCACUUCUCGUGUACCUCCAACGGAAACGGAAGGUGGUGUUACCUGUUACCGUGGAAACGAUGGUGAGCUUCGUGCCUCCGCAUUUCCGCUGCCAGGUUCAGUCGAACCAAAGGUCCUAAGAGAAAAUUCGGACGCGUUCCUAUCAGCGGUUGAUGUUCCCACCACAAACAUGUCUACUGUACUUGAGAGCGUUUCUGAAUCUCAAAUUAAGACUGCCGUUCCACUUUCCCCGUCGAAAGAGUUCAGUUCUGACAAUAAUGAUAUUUCUUUAGCCGAACUUAGCGAUAGAACUGACGCUUGUACUUGUGUUUCAAUAAAACCUGAAAACAUCGAAGCGGACGCGAAAGUUGUAGCUUGUAAGACAAAUGAACUAAACGACCGAAAUUUACGAGACAGUAGAAGUAGUCCUCAGGCCACUGACAGCGGGCACUCGUCAAGGUUUAAAAGCGAGGAGAUUGCAGAUAACACCGUUCCUGUGGACAAUUUACAAACCAUACGCAAUAAUUCAAAGGUCGAUUCAAUUCUUGUCGACGAUGAGAAUUGGUGUGACCAAUCAGAGGCCGUUAUUGAGGAGAAUCAGGAAGAUUUAAGUUGUUCAGCGGAAAGAAACAGUUCAGAUUUGGGUGAAUUAAGCGUGAGUAGUGCUCUCGAUGAUGAUCGUGAAAAUAAAACUGUGUUUGAAACCACUGGUUCUGAUCAAAAGGAGAGUGAUGUAAAUUCUUCCGGCUGCAAAGCUACUGGAAAAUUAGCAACAUGCAGUCCAAUUGAAAUUUUGACAGGCGAUGCAAAAAUCGAAACCAGUCUGGCAAUUUGUUCAAAGAAGCGUUCUUGUACUAUCACUGUGAAAACAAAGGAAGAGUCCUCAAUAGACAGUCACCACAUGAAGGAAAUCAUUGUAAACAGACAACUAGCUUCAAAGAGAAACGCCGAUUGCUUUGCGUCCGACGAAGCGAAGCUUGGUAGCUCAACUGAAGAUAGCGGAACUGAAAGGUUUACAGAUCAAGGGGCCAACUUGGGAGAAGGAAUUACAGCGUUGUGUGACGAUUCCGCGACGAAAUGUUCUUCUCUGACGCAUAAAGGUAGAGUGGCAACUACCACCAUCAUCACCCCUAGUGUGACUCACACGGGAACUAACGUGACACAUAGCAAUACUAGAGUGUCACGCUUCAAAACAAGUGUGAGUCCCACCGAAAGGAGUAUGACUCAAACUGGUGUGACUCACGGCAAAAUUAGUGAGACUCACACGGAAAAAAGUGUGACUUACACCAAAAUUUCAACAAAAUUGGAAAUUUCCGCCAAAGAAAAGCUUAAAGAUGCAAUUUAUGAAGACAGGAUAUCUCUGUCAAGAGCAAUGAUUCAGGAAGGGUCAUUAACGUUUCCUACGGGAGUAACGCUUUCUAACUUGGAGAAUGAUCUAGCGUCCUGUAAAGGUGCGCCGAGCAAAGAAGGAGAGCUAUCAAAAGGCAAGAGAAGGGAGUAUUCCGAAUUUCAAACAGAUACGAAGUCUUUAAGAACUCCCAAUAAAGAUGAAAGGAAGCCUCCGGUGGCUAUUGAACUUGACGGAGAUUUGCAAUCCUGUAGAAAUACUGCAGCAGAUUCUUUGGUUUCCACAGACGGGGUACGGAUAAAAUCUGAUGUGAUAAGAGUUUCGUCCAGUUUCAGAGACGGGAUCAAAGACUGCCCCGCAAAUUCCAGGCAGGAAACAGAGAGAACCGACAUGGAGAGGCAAAUGCCUUGUUAUAGCGGCCAUAGCGAUUGUAACACAUCGAGCGACAGAAGAAAACUUUCUGGUUGUAAAGAUAAGAUUUCCUCCUUUGAAGAUGAUGGUAAUGAUCAUGAAGGGAGAGAAAGUCCUUCUUCAGCUCUUCUUGAACAAGAAAGAACUCAAAUCAAAAGCAGUGAAAAAGCUUUGCAGUUGUUAGGGACCCUUGAUACAAGGGAAUCACCCAAAGCCUCGGCGACAGCACAUGAUUUGCAGGAUGACCCCCCAAUCGAAGCUUUGCUGAACAACCUCGAAGGCCUCUUAGAGGAUUUUCCAUCGCUAUCGCCUCUGCCUCCGUCUCCUUGCCCUUCAGACGACGAAACUGUUGUACUUCCAGCCUCUCCUAUUUCAAAUAGUGAUGGUAAUGACGUUACUAUUUUGAUGUCUGAUGCACAUGAUAAGUGUCCAGGCAAACGAGACGAAAGAGGCUUGACUGAACCAUACUCUAAAAGCUUGAAAAGAAACCCAAACAAAAACAUGUCUGGUUGUAACACAAGUUUUAACAAUAAGGACAUUUCGACAAAAAAUACUCUUGUCAAGACCAAAACAAUGACGUCGGAAUCAACUUCUUCGCCAACGAGAGGAGUCCUAUUGCAACGACCUUUGCAAACGCCUUUGUUGUUGAGAUCCCGUGCACAGGGAAGCGUCUCGGCAAAACGGACUCUACAACGAUCAGUGUCUGAUUCAGCAAUACAAAAGAAUGAGCCUCAAAGCAAAAGAGCUAAAAAACAUCUCAGUGUUACUGACAAACAACAAUCUCCAAAGUCGAGCGUACGUUUGGUUGCCUCUAGAGUUGCUCUUAACAAGGACGUAAUGAAGCAACCGUUGGAGAGCUGUGUUGGUAAUAAGGGACCAGUAUUUGUAAGCAACAAGGGAGCAAUACUGGUUGACCAGAAUAGCAACGUUCGGCCAAUAUUGGGGAAGGAAUUACAUAAAAAAGAUUCAACGAAGGCAACUGAUGAUAAAGACAGUAAAUUUCGACCUUUAUCGGUUCGACCAGGUUACCAGACAGAAGUCCAAUAUGUAAUCAAAUGCCUUGGCCGCAUUUAUGAAAAUAAUGUGGAGCUGGAAAUUGUGUUCAGUAGACUGACUAGUAAAAAAUGCAUUUCGUCCAGUACGCCGGUAGCUUCGGCAAUAAUCCAUUUUUUGAAAAAACGAAAGGACGAUCUUAUGCCUCACAUUCUUGAACAACUCGAGCAGAUUCAGUCUGAAGGGAGACCAUUAAACUGGAAACCUAUUAUUUCCAGUUUUGAGUCCCGUCUCUUGGAAGUGGUAUCCCUGUUAUCCAGUGAAGCUUUAUUUGGAAACUUGAUCGCGCAGUUGGUUACCCUGUGUUCUCGAAGUUUAAUCGAAGCUUCUUGUGCUUUCAAAGAGGAGGAAAUAAAAGGGAACUUGUCGUUAUGGUAAGUAUUACCUUUCAUCGAGACCUGAAAUGAUUAUUAGAAUGUCAAGGCAGACGCAAUUUCUUUCGUCAACUCUGUCAGAAGGCGAAAACACAAUAUCUAGACGUGGGAAAUUCCUUUUCUCUUCCGAACAGUCGAAUAUAAUUCUUUUUUUAACCGUUUACACCCUAGCAUCAGUAUGCAUUUUCUCCAUACUGUUGUCUAUGCAUUUUUUAUGGUGCUGACUAGGAGAAUUUGUUUAUCAAUCAAAAGCUUCUUUAGUUGGUAAUCAUUUCUUUUAUUCUCGUGACCUUCGAAUGUUUGAUUCAGGGGUGAUAUUGGAAGGAGAUAUUAGAUGCUAGUACUCUUAGGGGUUACGGUUUCAUUAUACCGUUUAAGCUUUGUGCAGGACCCUUUUUCUCAAAGUCUUGUGCAGACAUCUCUAUUACAUUCAAAUGUAAUUUCUUUCUCGACAAGUCACAAUUUUAUUGCGAGAUUACGCUUCUUGUUUGUAUUUUCGGUUUUUUAGCCGUGUCCUGACAGCCUUAUGUCAACUCAAAGACGAUCUUUCCAAUGCUCGAACAAUCCUUUAUGAUGUCAUACGCACGCUAUACAGUUUCCACAACGCGGCCUUAGAGCUCGUUGUUACCAUAGCUUCAGUUUGGCCCGAAGUCUUACGAUCGCCCUCCAACUGCCUGUCGGCUGAGCGAUCGCCUCUAGCUUGUACACUGAAGUUAGUGUUAUUGAAUUGGGCCAACAAGUGUCCGUCAUUGGAAUUUGGGAAAAUUCUGCGUAAUUUAUGCUGUUGGGAAGGUGAUUGUGCUACGGAUGAAGAACUGAAGGAUUUUGGAUCACAGCUUGCCAAGUGGUUGCAUGAAAAGAGCGGCGCCUCUGUUAGUGUUGGUAAAGGUACAGUGAAGGAAGUUGUUUGUAUAUUGAAACAAAAAUGAGUUGAAUAAGUCAGAUUGCUAGCUACACUCAUUUGGUAGGUCGUCUAUGAUGAUUUUCUCAUCCUUUCGCACCCAAAAUCUCAUUAAUAAUUCUCCUUACUGUCUGUCAUACAAUACUAUCGGUGUCCAUUUGGAGAAUUUGGUGUUUGAUCAACUGAUAAUCCCCAAAUUGAUAUUUUUCUUUACUCUCAUCACUUUUCCAUUGAUAUUGUAUUAAUACUGUAAGGAGAAAUUCUGUCUUGGUCAUUCAUGAGUGUUUAAGGGUUUAAUAGUUCUUGAGUUAAAAUUGCGCUCAGUAGCAGCUCAUACGCUUAAUACCCACCAGGGUUUCAUCCACAGACUUUAAAAAGAAGUGAGAACCACCUUAUUGAGUAAAAUAAAUAGCACCAUAUGAAAGAACUGCUCAAAAGCUUUCAAAUGAAUGGUCACUCACCAGGGUUCUAUCCACCAACUGAUUAGUUAUCAGUUUCUAUCCACCAACUGAUUAGUUAAACCCAAUUUGUAUAUUUUAGUAUUACUAAACUGUACCACUUGCAAUUGCUUCUCGGUAGCCUUCAUUUGAAAAGUCGUACACUAAGGUAUCAUCCGCAGCCUUUCAUUUGAAUCGACACUCACAAAGUUAAAAUGCGCAGACUUUAAAAGUUAGAAUUAGUGGUACCGCACCUAGUUGUUGAAAGAGCGGAUAACGCUAUCCAACACAUAAAAUGUUGUUUAUCAGAUAAGAGUCAGCAAAACUGAUUGCGCUAUCCACCGGAUAGAGAUUUAUCCAUUAGAUAGUGUCAUCCACCAUUCGCACAACUGGUGCCUGUAUGAUAGACAAUACCACAUGAAAGUAUGGCUCGGUAGUUCUCAUUUGAAUGGUUACGCGCGUGGGUUUCAUCCAGAGGCUCACGUCCUAUGUAUUAUUUUCCCUCCUAGAAGGAAGAUUUGUCCUCGACAGCUACUCUUUUGAGAUUGUCAAAUCCUUUGAGUUGUUAUCUUGUGUACUUGGUUGGAAAUGGACCUUAACUGAUCUCAUUCUGAACCACAUUUGGCAAAUAUUAAGAUCGUGGGCUGAGAAGGAGGCAGAAAGUUCUCGCACAGGUGAACGAGAAACGGCGUCAGUUGGAGAGGACAGUCAAGGUCUUGGAUUAGGCGAGUUCAGCAAAGCGACUUGCGUUUGUCUAAUGGUCACCGACAAGGACAAAAAUUCUGAUUUUUCUAAAGUAAUGCCUAGGGUUUUCAGCACUGAAGACGAAAUAACAAGCAACGAAAAUACCUCUAUGACAACAGGAGGCAAGGAAGGAGGGAAGAAACCUUUCACUGACGAAAAGGAAGUGUGUGGGAUUUGCCUUAAGUGUGGGAAUUCCACAGAAACCAGGCUGCCUGAAUCGCGAAUUGUUUUGUGUAUUCACCUUUUAGGUAAGUUUACGCGCAAAAGAAAAUAAAUAGUAUGUGAGUAAUCGAUGUUGGAGAAACGGAUGAAAACCAUUAAACGAGAUGAGUUUUUACAGGUUAAUUUCAGUUCACAGUGCCUUUCUUUCCCCGAAUGAAAUCGUUACCAGCUAAGUGUCUGGGAAACUUGAUGAAUUGCUGGGGGGGAGGGGGGGCGGGAGGUAACCUGCGUUGGAUUGUGCAUUCCAUUCAAGGGAAGUAGCAAUAUUCCCAGUCGCCUCGUACUACUGAAACCGAUGUAAGCUGAAAUGUUCUUAGAGUUAACUUCUCCCUAAUGACUGGCGUGCAGUUCUUAUAGAAUCGACAUUUGGGAGAUUAGUCGAGCAACUCCCCAUGAUCGACAUUUUCUUUCUUCUCAUCACCAGUCUCCUUGAUGUUAGAUUGACGUUGUGAGGACAAAUAACUUGCUUGUUGCUCCUGGAUGUGAAAUGGUUACUGCACAAUCAGCAGUAUCUUGCGAUUAGACAAGCAUCUGUGAGGACUUUCUUAAACUCAGAUCUUUUUUUUUUAGGCGGUUUAUGCAGAAUUGCUGUUGAAAAUGGACAACAUCCUGUGCCAGAAAUAAUCGACAUGCAAUGUGGACUCAUAGAUAAUACAUCACCAGACUCGAAAGGUACUGAAAAAACUGUUCGUUAACCUUUAAGAAGCCCUUCCCCUCACUUUUUUUCUGAAGUUUUCCUUUAAUUUUUAAUUUUUUUUUCACCAACAGUGACGUAUGCCAUUCAGCUUGCAGCGGCAAUGUCGCUCCUUGACGUAUCACCUUGGCAACCAGGAAGAGUAGCCUCGGUUGUGAACAAAUGGCUCUCUGCUUUGAAAGAGACAAACUAUAUCCAGACUCCCGUGUGCGUGUCACAAGGCCUGGUUUGUUUAAAGAGCAUUUUGCGGGUAAAUCAAAUGUGAAGUUUGACUAAGACAACAUGUGGCUUCAGUUUUUGAAGCUAAAACCGUCCGUGAUUGCACUUACAGAGAGAAGUACUGGAGAUGAAUUUAAGUGAAUGCGUCACAAGGUCUGUACAGGAAUAUAUGAAAACAUGUACGCGUUAAUGUUAAUAUUUAGAUAUGUGUCAAAAGUCGGAAAGGAAAAAGGAGAGAGAAACCUAGAAAGUAAAAGAUGUUGAGAUUUAAAAGACCAAACAAAUAGAAUAAAAUGC